AUGGUCCGCUCGUUCGUUCUUCCUUUGCUUGCCGCUGCCGGCAUUGUGUCGGCCGCUACCCUCCCGCGCGACAACGUGGACUGCACUGGUGUCAACGCUAUCUCGCCAAAAUGCCGGUCCAAUGAGGUCAAGUACACGCGAGACGUCUACUACGUUGGUGGCCGCCUUAUCAGCACGGCAACUGGUAACAUCACUGCUGAUCAACUGUAUGUUGAGAAGCUCACUCCCACUUGUGGCGUUAAGCACCCCAACCCACUUGUCUUCUUCCAUGGUGGUGCUGUGUCCGGUGUUACUUGGCUGAACACCCCUGAUGGACGUAAAGGCUUCGCCUCUCAUUUCAUCGAGAAGGGUUAUCAGGUCUAUCUUCUGGACCACACUGGUGUUGGACGAUCCUCUCAGGAGGCUACGUCAGAGUAUACACUUUGGAACUCUACUGGCGUUGAGUCUGUUCAAGCCGGUUUCACUGCUCCCGAACUUAACCCGACCUAUCCUCAGGCUACCUUGCACACUCAAUGGCCUGGCACAGGCCAGAAGGGCGACCCUUACUUUGACCAGUUCAGCAAGGGUGUAAUUCCUUUCACCAGCAACUGGACUAUGGGAGAGCUUUCUAUGCGUGCCUCUGGAUGCAAGUUGCUUUCACUGAUUGGCCCAUCAUACCUCAUAUCCCACUCUUCUGGUGCUCAAUACCCCAUUCUUCUCUCCAACGACUGUCCAGACCUUGUCGCUGGUAACAUCAACUUGGAGCAUUCGACGCAACCCUUCUGGAACUACGGUUCUGCCCUUAACAGCGGGUCUUCGAUUCGCCCGUGGGGGUUGGCAAACACUCCCUUGACUUAUGAUCCCCCGGUGACCAACUCUUCUGAAUUAUCCAAGGAAUGGGAUGGUGAAGAUACGCUUGCGAAGCGCAGAUGUUACAUCCAGACCGAGCCGGCGCGCAAGUUGCCUCAGAUCGCCAAAGUACCAUACCUAUGCACGACUGGCGAGGCUAGUGUUCAUGCUACCUACGAUCACUGUGUUAUCAAUUACCUGAACCAAGCUGGUGUUAAAACCGACUGGAUCAAGCUUGGAGAAGUCGGCAUCCAUGGCAACGGCCACUUUGGACAUCUCGAGCUUAAUAACCUGGAGAUCGCCAGUGUUGUUGAGCAGUGGAUCCAGUACCAGGACCGACAGAAGCGAUAG